AGUGAGAGCAAAGUGCUUGCAAACAGCCAUAUAGGACAUCGUUCGGUCCCAGCACAAGAGGGGAGAGGUAGAAAUUGUCUAUAGCGUAAGCCCUCGGCCCACAAAUCAGCAAUCAUGCGAGCCACGCGCCGCCUCGUCCGCGGCCUCUCAGCAGCAGCACAAAGCACGCCGCCGGCGCGGCCCGAGGUCACCUUCAGCAUGGAGGGUAGAGCCGUCGACGUCAUGGGCACGUGCCCGGUUCUGAAGGUGGAGACGACGGCGUCGUGCCUCGACGUCGCGGCGACGUUAACCAAACAAAAACGCCACGCCGCGGUCGUCGUCGACGACAACGGCGAGCUCGCCGGUCUAUUAUCGGAGCGGGACUUCCUCACGAAACUGAGCCUGGACAAGGGCGCCGCAUCAAGCACGUCAGCGGCCCAAAUCAUGACGCCAAAAGAAGAGUUAGUCCUCGGUUCAGGCGCGUGCUCCGUGGAUCGAGUAGUGAGAAGGAUGCGCAAGGAACGCAUCUCGUCGUUCCCCUUACUUGAUGAUGAGACAGGAGAAGUGUUAGCCGUGAUCCACAAGGGGCACAUCGCGCGGCAAAUUUUUGAUGCCCUGAACCAGGAGAACGAGGGUCCAAGUGUGGGCGACAUGCUGGACUGGCACGCGGAGAAGGCGCGCGAGGGCGACGUGAGAGGGUGUUCGACAUCAUUACCGCCCUACGCGUCGUUGGCCGAAGCUGUGGACCUCAUGCGCGACGCAGGGUCAGGAUCGUUAUCGAUCUUCGCGCCACCUCUCGCAACACACUCGCACUUCGUCAUGACGACGUCCUUCGGCCUCUUUACGGAGCGGGAGUACGUGGCAUCGUUACCAUUACUUGAGUCUAGGUAUGCGGAUGAUGUGGAGCUUUUCGAGGUCGCGCGUUUUAGUAGGGGCAAGUCCAAGUCGACGAUGCGCACGAUCCACGACGCCGACGACGUCGUGCGGGUGCGGCCGGAGUCGAUCACGGCCGUGGAACGGGCGACGCCGGUCCGCGAUUGUUUGUCACUGAUGCUGGGCAACGAUUUGUUAUACGCGCCGGUUACGGAGAACAAGAAGCCCAUCGACGUUGUCAGUUUGCGAGAUAUCAACCUGUACCUCGCGCCGACGGACGGGCAGACUUGAGUAAUUUUUUCGUCGUCGU